UUUCAGGAUGGCGGCGGCGGCCGCCGCUGUGGGUGGAGGUGCUCGUUGGAGCCGGGGCUCUUCUGAUGAAGAAGAUCCACUGAUAUCUGUUUCAGGAGUGUCUAUAAAAGGAAAUUUAAGACCAAGAUGUGUGCCAAAAUAUCAAACUGGUCAAACCGAACUGAAGGUGCCUGUAGCUGUUGCUUCUGUUUCCAUGGAUCCUGAUAGAAGUACAGGAGGUGUGAAAGGGCAGCAGAGUGCUAAUGAAGGAGGAAUGAAGAGUGCUUCUUUAAAGGAUUUGUGUCCUGAGGACAAGAGACGCAUUGCGAACUUAAUUAAAGAACUUGCCAGGGUAAGUGAAGAAAAAGAGGUGACGGAAGAACGGCUGAAAGCUGAACAGGAGUCAUUUGAGAAGAAGAUCAGACAGCUAGAGGAGCAAAAUGAACUUAUCAUCAAGGAAAGGGAAGCUCUGCAGCAGCAGUACAGAGAAUGCCAAGAACUCUUGAGCCUUUAUCAGAAGUACCUGGCUGAGCAGCAAGAAAAACUAUCACACUCCCUUUCUGAACUCAGUACUGCCAAGGAAAAAGAGCAGAAGGUAUCCAGUAAGAAGAGCUUGUGCCAACAGCCCUCUUUGGGGCUGGACAGCUCCUACUUGAGUGUUGGGGGACCUUGGUCUCUUCAUCAGAGCAGUAGAGCACUGAAGGCUGGAAGCCCAGCCUGUGUUGUGCUGUCUCAGCCUUGCAGGAAUAACCAUGAUUACAGGACUGAAAUGCAUUACAACCAUCAGGAGUGUCUGAAGGAGUAUCCAAUGGAAAAUGACCUGCACAGAAAGUGCAACAACAUGAUUUCCUCAGCCAAGCAGAGGAGUCCUCACCAUGUAAAGCAAGCUCAGGAGAUGGAUCAGAGAGCAAGUGAAUUUCAGAGCACAUGUCCUCCGCAAGUGAGUCAUGGCUGUGCCUGGAGGCAUGUGGGGAGCUCAGGGAGUGUGGAAGAGAGCUGCUCUGUCAGCCAGGUACUUAGAAAACAAUCUGGAACAGUUCACAAAACCUGUGAUCAUUCCAGGCAUUGUCGAGGUUCUGGGCUGAAUCACAGUAUGGACUUGGGGCCUAAGGAAACAGAGCUGGCCAAAAGGUUGUAUGAAGAAAGAAGGCAGAAGCUGCUUCUUCAAAAAAUGGAGCUGGAAAUUGAAAAAGAACGACUCCAACAUGUAUUGACUAAGCAAGAAGCAAAACUGCUCCUAAAACAACAGCAACUACACCAAUCCCGUCUGGAUUGUAACAGGAUUAGAGGCCUGGAAGCUGGCUCAGAAGAUGUGCCCAUUGCUGAAGCACCCAGGGAACUUGCUCUGAUGAUGAAUGGCAGCAGCAUGGGGCUAAGUGUCCCAGUGGUGAAAGGUGAAGAUUAUUUGUUGAGGACACCUCCAGUGAGCAAAAACUCCAGAAAACCAGGGAGCAGUCGUGGGAGCACUUCAGGGAAGAAAAUGGUUGGCUUUGGUGCAAAUGUGGAUGAUGGGCAGAGCCCUCUAAUGCAGACCAAGAAGAAAGGCACCAGGUCCAGGAAAGGGACAACUUCGGGACCUAGGAAGGAUGCAGCCAUAUCUCCUGGGUUGAUGGACAGCAGCAAAGCAUUUGCACCCACAGCCAUAUCAACAAUUCAGCAUGACCCUUCAUGGUAUGAAGCCUCUCUUCUUGACCUGGUGGAAGCUAUAAACCCAACAUCGACUCCGGGACACAUCUGCCAAGAGCCUUGUGACAGGAAGAAACUGCACCUGCCCUGCUGUGCGAGCCACAGGCUGUCCUCGUCUUGCUGCCAGGGCCCCUGCAGCCCCAGGAGCAGAGCAGAUGAGCUGGAGGAGAGUUGGCUCCUCGAGGAGAUAUUCUUCAUUUGACACAACUCCUUGGCCUACAGCUACUCUUAAAUUAUUUGAGUGAUCUCUUGCUUUUUUUUUUUUUUUGAGUGAUCUCACUGCUUUUUUUUCCCCACUUCUAAAACAUAGCUAAUUAGCAUCCAGGUUCAUUUUGGAUUUAGUAAUCAUGAUGCAAUUGUAUUGUUGGGGUACACCAAUCAGAAAGAGUUAGCUUUUUU